GUGUUGAAAAGUGCUAAAGAAAAGCAUUAGUACACUUGAAAAUACAAAAAUAUUAACACUUAAGAAAGUGUGCUAAAAGCGGCACAUAAAUAGAUAUUUUAGUGAUUGUGUUUCCUAGGCAAAAAACGAAAUCAAACAACGAAAAAACGCGCGUGUGAAACAAAAACACAAAUUUGAGGAAAAAACGGUGAAUAACCGUUAAGUGCUAAUGACUUGCCGUGAGGCAUUAAUCGGCAUCCUGCUUGAUUUCAUGUUGUUCUAAUAACGCAUUGUGUUGGAGAGGCAAGAAAUUAUUGCAAGCUCGCGCUAACAUAAACCUUCAAUUACCAAUCCAAUCCACCAGCAUACUUGUGAUAUUUAAGUGGUUGCAACUAGUUUUCAAUGCAACAUACUAUUUGAGUUCAUGAAAGGGAGACGGUACACGAAACUAACGCAGUUGCCAAGCAAUUGAAAACGCUACAGACUCAGAGGCAAGUGAGAGAUGUGCUCAGGAAGAGACGUUGAGUAGUGUUAUAUCCUUUUAGAAAACACAACCACAAAAAGCAUCGAAACAAAACUGAAGAAAUAGAUUCAUACCUAAGUGUAUACAAAAAUUUUGGCAGCGCGUUUUAGUGAAAAUACGGAACAUACGCUUGAAAUCAACUCGAAACGCACAUACUUAUACAGAAUAAAACUGAAUAAAAUACACUAAUGGAGCGCUCAAAACGGGACUUUUUAGUAAAAAGAAAGCUGUGGCUGUACCAGAACUACCAACUCGCAAUUGCGGGAUUCAGUGAAGAGUGCUUGAUACUAGAAAUGAACAAAAUUUCGAAGUGCCAUAGUCAGUUAUGAAGUAACAAAACUUUUGCAGAUAUAAAUAAAAAAUUUAUUAUUCAGCGAAUUGAUUCAAAAUGUUAUAUUUGUUCACGAGUGAUUAUUAAAAUAAUCUGGAGGGUUGUGAAUACCUUUGAGUGCUUUUUAAUCAUUCAUACUUUGCGGAAAAAUCUUACUAUAAAGUAAUAAAAGGAUGCAGCAAGAGAUUACUGAUAGAAUUAAUGCAAUUUAAUACUUUACCGUUGAAUAAUAAUUAAAAACAAAGAAUAAAGAGUAUGUUAUUAAAAUGCUUGGUUAAAAGUAGUAAACAACUAAAUAAAAAAUUAAAAUAAAAUUAAACCCUUUACAAAUGUAAAUUGCUAAAAGUAGUCUCAAACGCUCCAAAAAAGCAGCUGUAUAAGCUAUUAAAUAAAGUUGCAAUUUUUUUGUUGUUAAAUAUAUAAAAGCAAAUGAAAAACUAUACAAAAUAAGCAGCAACAAUUUGAAGCACGUUUUUGAUUGAAUACUGUACCCUAAGUUAAGGCCGGUGUAUUGUGAUAUUUUCAAGCUUUACUUGUAUGCAAAAAAUUGAAGUUUUGUAAAAAUUGCAAAAACUAAAGGAGCUUUAAAUCAUAUUUACAAAGAACGGAAAAAAUAUUAAUAAUUAAAAAAGACAACUGAAAGCGAAACGAAGAAAAAAGGUUAAAGCCUGGCGUUUCACCGAAUAUAUUGCUAAGACCGAAGAUGGUGCCGAUGCACUGGAAGAAAUUAAAAGUUUGAUUUGAAUUUAAAAUUAUUUCAGCAGCUUGUUUAUAAUAUUUAAACACUAAAAAACUAACUUAGUUGUAGCAUAGUUUGUAAAUACUUUGGUGCAAGUGCUUUUUGGUCCAACGACUAAUAGUACAUCGAUUUGAAAUUUAUAUAAUUUUUUCUUGCAUAAUUUCCUUCAGCAGUUACUUUUGUUGUAGUAACUUUGACUGACUUAAAAUAAUCAUAACUUAAAAUUAGCAACACUAACUGCUUAGUACGAGCGCGGCACGUUCUAUUCGACAUAACUACAUCGUUUUAAAUUCGAAUACAUUCGAGUACCCAGUGCGCUUGCGGCCCCGCUUCUUAUCGCAGACCGAUGACUGAACUCAAUGCGACGCACGAAUUCGACCCGCACAUUUUUCAUGCACUAAAGUCAUCUCGACGCAUACAGGAUCUGCUACGCCAAGAGCCCGCUUUGCUACCGCCCGCUGAUGUUGUUGUGGAUAGUUCGACGCAUGAUUACGAUGCGGCGCCGAUCAAUUUACAAGAUUUCAUACAGAGUGUGUCGGACAGCAACGUCUUCGUUGAGUAUAUUGCACCCACAGAUUCCACAAUAUACUCACUCGGCAAGAGCGCUGCGGACGACGGCACACUCUUUCCCCAGUUGACAGAGAAUUUCACCUUCCACAAUUUCUACAGCAACCAGUCGAAUGGCACACAUUGUAAAGAUGUCUAUCAUCCGGAUGACGAUACCCGUCUAGAGUUUUGGGUUUGUGGCGUUGUAUUGAAUAUUGUCGGCAUAUUCGGUAUUAUUGGCAAUAUCAUCUCCAUGAUUAUACUGUCACGUCCACAAAUGCGUUCCAGCAUAAAUUAUUUGCUCAUUGGCUUGGCACGUUGUGAUACGACUUUGAUCAUCACAUCCAUGUUGCUCUUUGGCAUUCCCUGUGUCUAUCCAUAUUCGGGCUAUUUCUUCUAUUAUUACAACUAUAUUUAUCCAUUUAUAUCACCAUCGAUCUUCCCCAUUGGCCUGACGGCGCAAACGGCUAGCAUAUACAUGACGUUCACAGUGACUUUGGAGCGUUAUGUGGCCGUUUGUCAUCCGCUCAAGUCACGUGCGCUUUGUACUUAUGGGCGCGCCAAAAUCUACUUCAUUAUUUGUUGUACACUAUCGUUGCUGUACAACCUGCCACGCUUCUGGGAAGUUAUGACGGUGAGUUACCAGCCUGAGGGUAGUGAGAUAGUGUAUCAUUGCUUACGACCGUCGCCUUUACGACAAAAUCAAACAUACAUCAAUAUCUACAUACAUUGGUGUUAUCUGAUUAUCAAUUAUAUAAUACCAUUCCUCACGUUAGCCAUACUCAAUUGCCUGAUCUAUCGGAAAGUGAAGCGGGCGAAUCGCGAACGCCAACGAUUAUCGCGCUCCGAGAAGCGUGAAAUUGGCUUAGCGACUAUGCUGAUCUUCAUCGUAAUCGUGUUUUUCCUCUUAAACUUUCUUGCGCUUGUCGUAAAUAUCGAUGAGGCUUUCUAUAAUAAAAUCGAUCACUCCCUAACGAAAAUCUCCAACUUGCUGGUGACGAUCAAUAGUAGCGCGAAUUUCUUAAUUUACGUCAUUUUCGGUGAGAAGUUCAAACGUAUUUUCUUAUUGAUUUUUUUCAAGCGCCGCCUCAGCCGCGACCAACCCGAUCUUAUUCACUACGAGAGUUCUAUAUCGAACAACGGUGACGGUACAAUAAAUCAUCGUUCAUCGGGCCGUUUUUCACGACACGGUACGCAGCGAAGUACAACAGGCACGUACCUGGUUACCGGCGGCGGCUCGAACAACAGUACUUUGAAGAAUGUGCGUUUGGUGCAGACCGGUUCGCCCGGUGUGGUGAAGAUCAAACGCAAUCGGGCGCCGUCGCCUGGACCGGUCGUGUACUACCCGGCACGCGACAGUCAACGUACAACUGUUGUGACGCCGGUGGCGUUAGCGUCGAACAACAACACGGCACUAAGCUGUGAUUGGAUUGACGCCAAGAAUGGACAAAUGACUUCGGGCAUCUGAAUCAAUGCAGAUAUUUCAGAUACGGUUGGAGGCGGCGAGUGUGUAUUUGUAGUGAAAGGGUAUAGCUGUAAACGAGUUUUAGUUGUUCACGUAUGGUUUGUUUAAUUGUCAUCCCCUUGACAUAUACCAACUGAUAUAUAAUAUUAAUCAAGCGGUGUUAUUACGACAAUAAUACUAUAUAAUUACUUUUGCAAGAUUCUUUUAAAACCACCGAUUCCUUUCUUUUAAAUGGUAGUACAAGUCAGUUAGCUUCUGUAGUCUCAGCCUCUGCGUAUUUGCGACUUCGAUCUGGAAUUUUGCACACAUAUUUUGCUUCUCAAGAAACUGCUCAUGCGUGUCGUGACGAGUAGUCAUCGUUUAAUAUGCCUGCGCUUGACGCGAAUUUUUACAGACUCUGUGGCCUCACAUACGAUAGUUCCUCCAGUGAGUCAUACCGUUGGGAUCUCAGAUGUUUACAACAUAAUCUUGCCAAGUGAACCAGAGAUGCUCCGUUUUCUCUAUGAUGCGUUGCUCUAGACAUAUCCUGCAGUCUGCUCGACCAAUGAGUCCCAUUUUGUGGGCAUGUGGCGCCACCAGUCAGUGACUAGUUAGUAUUCCGUUCAAAUUCCUACAGUCUCUUUAGUUGAGUGCAAAUAAAAAUUUUGUGUACUUCCGAUCUAUCGUUUUGCACAUAACUUUUGCAGUUUUGAACCCAGUUAUCUCGUUCCAUCGGAUUAUGAUUUUAUUUUCAUUGCGUCUGUCGAUGUAUGUAUGUAUAUAGAUGUGAAAUGCUUACAUUUUCAGCAACAACCAACUGUUAAUUACCUGACGAAUUUAUCCAAGCUAACCGUGUAUCAAUAGCGCUCGCCAAGCGCGCACAUUUGCAUAUGUGUUGUACACACGUCGCCACACAAACCUUACCACUAUAACGUUUUAAAAAAUUUUUUUGGUCUUUUCCGUUCUUUCGGGAUUUUUUCUAUAUUUGGUUUUUUGAAAUAUAGUGUGAAUGAAAUUAAAUUAGAAAAAUAUAAUUUUUCAACGCAUUCAGGCUCUUACAUUACGAGCUCAUUUUUACAAAACUCACUAACGUUCUAAUGUCCCAUAGUUGAAUGUGUUUUGACUUUAAUUUUUAAUAUUUUUGAUAAAUAACAUGUUAUUAACUUAUUUCCAAAAAAAAAAAAAAA